AUGACUGAGAUAGAGGAGCGCAGAUGUGAAGGUUUUGAAUGCGGUAAACCAGCGAAACUGCGUUGCCCUACCUGCAUCAAACUGGGUCUGAAGGAUUCGUUUUUCUGUGAUCAGUUUACUGGCUCCUUACGGCCUGCUCGAGUCACCCCAAGGCGACCAGUGCCACAAUCAAUCACACGUCCAGACUAUGCUCUGCAUCCUCAAGGAGUUUCGUUUGAAGAGCGACAAGCAAAGAAAAACAGGGAGAUCAAGGUCUUAGACGACGAAGAAAAAGAAGGUCUUCGUGUGGCUUGUCGCCUGGGUCGAGAAGUUUUGAACGAAGCAGCAAAGGCCUGCGCACCAGGUGUCACCACCGAUGAGAUUGACCGAGUUGUGCAUGAGGCUUGUAUCGAGAGAGACUGCUAUCCAAGUCCUUUAGGCUAUUACAAUUUUCCAAAAAGCUGCUGUACCUCAGUGAAUGAAGUUAUAUGUCACGGUAUACCGGAUCUCCGUGUGUUGGAGAAUGGUGAUUUGUGUAAUGUUGAUGUCACUGUAUACCAUCGCGGAUUCCAUGGAGAUUUGAAUGAGACCUUUCUUGUUGGUGACGCAGUCGAUGAAGAGUCACGGAAUCUUGUACGUGUCACGUAUGAAUGCCUACAACAGGCCAUUGCAAUGGGUAAUAGUAACAUGAGGCCGGGCGUGAAAUUCCGAGAAAUCGGGAAUGUUAUUCAAAAACAUGCCAACGCAAAUGGUUUCUCUGUGGUCAAGGCCUACUGCGGUCACGGGAUCCACAGAUUGUUUCACACUGUUCCGAACGUGCCCCAUUACGCAAAGAACACUGCGACGGGUGUGAUGAAAGCGGGUAAUUCGUUUACAAUUGAACCAAUGAUAAAUGCUGGCAGUUAUCACGACGAUCGUUGGCCAGAUGACUGGACCGCUGUUACGACCGACGGCAAGCGAUCCGCUCAAUUUGAGCAUACACUUCUGGUGACCGAGAACGGUUGUGAUGUACUGACAGCUCGUGAAGGAAAUCGGCCAUGGUUUAUGGAUCAAAUUGAUAUGUGGUAUAGCAAAUAG